UGUGACGUGCCCAUAAUGAAGUUUUGAGGUUUAAGUUCACAAAACCAUUUCAACAAACAUCCCAAAAAUCAAGCAAAUGGAUUCCUCAGGCGCGACCAACCAGAAGCUCUUAGAAAACGGCGACGUUUCUUCUUCUUCUUCUUCUCAACCUACAAAAGGUGGCUUGCGAACCAUGCCCUUCAUCAUAGUGAACGAGUGUCUGGAGAAGGUGGCGAGCUUCGGCAUCAUGGCGAGCAUGAUACUGUACCUGACGGAGGAAUACGGGAUGGGUAUUUCGAAGGGCACAAACGUAAUUUACACGUCCAACGCCAUGUCCAACUUCUUGGCCAUCUUCGGGGCCUUCAUCUCCGAUUCUUAUCUCGGAAGAUUUCUCGUCAUUUCUCUCGGUUCCUUCUCUAGCCUCCUCGGAUUAAUCAUUUUGUGGUUAACUGCCAUGAUCCCAGAGCUAAGACCUUCUUGUGAAUCACUCAUGGAAGUCUGCAACUCUGCUACGACAGCUCAACUAGCAGUUUUGUUCCUUUCCCUAGGAUUAAUUUCCAUUGGAGCUGGUUGCAUAAGACCUUGUUCCAUAGCCUUCGGAGCAGAUCAACUGACUAUUAAAGAAAGAUCUAAUGAUGAGAGGCUCUUGGAUAGCUACUUUAAUUGGUAUUAUACCUCAGUUGGAGUAUCAACAGUGAUUGCAUUCAGUGUAAUUGUGUACAUUCAAGAAAAUCUGGGAUGGAAAAUUGGGUUUGGAGUAGUUGCUGUGCUAAUGUUCAUAUCAGCUGUCAGUUUCAUUCUUGGUUCACCAUUCUAUGCCAAAGUGAAGCCACGUCGCAGCAUACUCGCUAGUUUUGUACAGGUAAUUGUGGUGGCUGUAAAGAACAGAAAACUUAGUCUUCCUGAUUGCAACUUAGAUCAUUAUUUUCAAGACCGUGAUUCGGACCUGAUGGUCCCUACUGAUACCUUAAGGUAUUUGAACAAAGCUUGCAUAAUAAGAACUCAUGAGACAGUCUCAAACCCUGAUGGAUCAGUUUCAGAUCCUUGGAGCCAAUGCACAGUAGGGCAGGUGGAGUCACUGAAAUCUUUGCUCAAAGUCCUUCCUAUGUGGUCUGCAGGCAUCUUUGGGAUGGUGCCCCAAGGCUCAUUCUCUACCCUCCAAGCAAAUACAAUGGACCGAAGGUUAUUUGGCAAUUUCAAGAUUCCUGCAGGAUCCUUCACUCUUAUCACUGUAAUCACCUUAUCAAUUAUCAUUCCAUUCUAUGAUCGCAUAAUGGUACCCCUGCUAUCAAAAUACACGGGCUCGCCUAGAGGAUUCAGUUGUAAGUCUCGAAUUGGGAUGGGAAUGUUGUUUGUGUGUGCAGCCAUGGCAACAUCAGCUGCAGUUGAAACUAUGAGACGAAAUGCGUCCAUCGAAGAAGGCUUUGAGGACCAGCCUAAUGCUGUGAUUCCCAUGUCUGCUUUAUGGCUAGUUCCUCAGUUUGUUAUGCUUGGAAUAGCUGAGGCUUUAAACCCAGUUGGGCAGAUUGAGUUUUUCUACACCUAUAUCCCCAAGUCUAUGUCUAGUUUCGCAAGCGCUCUUUUCACUCUUGAACUUGCUGCUGCCAAUGUAGUGGGAAGUGUGUUGUUGAACAUUGUGGACAAGGUGACUAGUGUAGGAGGGAAAGUGAGCUGGUUAUCAACUAACAUUAACAGGGGCCAUCUUAAUUAUUAUUAUGCACUGCUAGGUUGCAUAUGUUUAAUCAAUUACCUCUACUUUCUUGUUAUUUGUUGGGCUUAUGGUCCUGCUCCGAGACAAAAACUUCAAGCUUCAGCUGGUAAGAAAGAAGAGCAAUUUGAUUACAGGGAGUUACCUACUUCCUAGAUUUUUUUUAGUAUACAAACAGAUACUGUAAACACUUGAGAAACUGUAGUAUUGAAAGUGUUUAUGUGUAUAAUUAAUAGGUUAAAAGUAGAUCUGUGCUAAAAGGCUUUAUUGUGAUCUUGCACAGUAUAUGUUGAUAUGAAGAAAUAAUGGAAUGAAAUUAUACGAAAAAAAAUGAAUUUAGCUUUGCAAGGCUAAAUACUACUGCUGUAGUGGAAACUUUUGCAUGGUAAUAAACUUUAG